UAGCAAUUGUCUUCAGCGUUGGGCGCCAUAGGAGCUAGAGUAGUGCUAGAGAGAGAGAGAUUGGGUGGAGGCCAUGGAUACUUACCUGCAGCGCCAUAGCUCCAGCUUCGCCUUCGAGGUACCUGCAGCACAGCGCCAUCUUCACAGAAAGAAGAAGGGAGAGGACGCGGCGAAGGCACGUCUGUUGGCAAUUGAACAACAGUGCCAGCAAGACGAGGCGGCAGCAAAGGCUGCCGAUGAAGAACGACUUCAACGACGCGAGAAGAUAUUCAGUGCAGAGCGAGCUUUGCUCACAAUAGCAGCGGACUGGCGGGCCGAGGCUGAGAAUGGGAAGUUGGAAGAGAGUGGAAGCAAGAUCGCUCUACUCCUCUCCCAUCUCACGGACCUUCUGGCCACGUGCAUUGCACAGCUGAAGGACAUUCACAACCUCGACGACGCGGCUCAGACACACAAUCAGGUGUUUGACCAACUCACCAGCCGCCUCCAGCAACUGGAACAGACCGUCGCCGCCCCCGUUGCCAGCUCUUCCAACACCUCUGACUGCCUUGAGGCAUUGGAGAUUGACGUCGGAUCCCUCAAGGACGGCGUGCAGUUACAGCAAAAUGCCACGCAACAGUUGAAGCAGCGGAUCUGUACUGCCGCCACCCACUCGAGAUUGGAACCCCGCGAGACAACUCCAAAGUUCGAUGAUCAGGAGAUCUUCAGUGAUUCGACGAAGACGGACCCGAUUCCGUGGUUUCGUAAGUUCGAAUUCAAGUUGCAGCUACACUACGUCAGUGAGCACAAGCAUCACGUGUACUUAUACUCCUGCUCACGGGGAGCGUGCCAAGCAUGGCUGGACAAUCUCUUGUCCAAGUACGGAGUGGUGGUUGUCGACUUGCAUACCAAGAUCAAUUGGGAUGAUCUAGAGGCAGCGUGGCAUAAGCGGUUCCAAGUAGAGCCACCGGAGAUUAAGGCAAUGGAGAGGUUGAUGUCUUCGAACAAGGCACACUGCCGAGUGACCGCCCUUCAUUCCGAGGCACAUGCGGAAGUCGAUAGUCCUCCUCUUCUUUAUUCUUUUGAGGACUAUGCUGCCCGGCUCGUUUUUACGCUGGGUACUCAUGCUCAAGGACAAGACGUGUGUGCGGCAUCUUCUCUGUCCGGCAGCGGCGACUUAUCGUCUUCAAGUGGUUCUUCACGGGAUUCGGCGUGCGAGUUCAACAUAGAGGUAUUGGACCCGCUCACGUCAGAGGAUUUCGCAUGGCUUCCUCUCCCGACAACGGGCCGCUUGCCGGGACUGCAAUGCGCAGCAUUAUGCGCUCAUCUUCACACGUACUUAUCCUUCUAUGCACCACCAACUUCGCCCACGGAUGACGAGGUCGCGGUGGGGGACAUCCUUGCAUAUGUUACCAAGGUGGCCCGUGAGUUUCGCAAUCAGCGGUACGAUGACAACAACGCACCGCUCCUCUAUGUCCGCAUCCAAGUUGGGCAAGCGUCCUGCAACGAUUUGUUGGAUAGAGGCACGUUUCGCAAUUUUAUGAACCAGGCCUUUAUGCAAAGGGCUGGCCUUGGCACACAAGUUCGGAGGAAGGCAAACCCGACGGCGAUCAAGUUGGUGGAUGGAAGGACGCAACAACUUAUCGACCACUACAUCGAGGCCGUACCUGUGUAUUUCGCACCUCAUGCAUGGGAACCGGUGACGUUCGACAUUUUGGACAGGGACUUCAAUAUUAUUUUGGGAAUGCCUUGGCUUGCAAGUGUGGAUCACAUGGUCAACUUCCACCGGCGGACUCUUACUGUUCGUGACGCUUUCGGCGCUGAAGUACCGUGUAUUAUUCCUCUUCCGCACCCUUCAACUCGGUGCCAAGUGGUAACGGUCAAGUCGUUCCGUGCUACUUGCGGUUACGACCAGCUCGACGAAAUCGGUCUAUGCUUCCUACGGACCGUCGCGGUAGCCGACUCUUCACCCACUGACUUAUCUUCGGACCCCCGUGUGGUGCGGUUGCUUGACGAGUUCGUCGACAUCUUCGAGUCACCUACCGGUGUGGUGCCGGAUUGGCCGAUCUCUCACGAGAUCAUUCUUGAGGCUGGUGCCGUGUCGCCGAAACGUUGCAUUUAUCGCAUGAGCAAGGAGGAGCUUAAGUCCUUCGUGCACAGCUCGAUGAGUUAUGCGUCCGGCUAUGGCAUUGGUGCCGUCCUCGAGCAACACGAUGGCGUGGACCGGCACCCGGUCGAGUACUUCGACAAAAAAGUGUUUGUCGUGCACUCCAUUGACGAUGCACGCAAGAAGGAGCUCCUAGCCUUCGUCCACACACUCAAACGGUGGCGACACUUCCUCCUUGGUCGAAGUCAAUUCCGAUGGGUAACGGACAACAAUCCGUUGGUCUUCUACAAGACCCAAAACAUCGUCAAUAGCAACAUCGCCCGUUGGAUGGCUUUCAUCGACCAAUUCGAUUUCUUUCCCGAUCACAUUCCCGGGAAGUCGAACCGUUUUGCAGAUGCUCUUUCACGGCGUCCGGAUCAUUGUACCACAGUCUACUCGACCUUCAAGAUCGGCGACGACCUGCGGGACAGCUUCAUCCGCGGCUACCAAGCUGACCCUGAGUUUCACGACAAGUACGGGAAUUGCUCCUCUCCUAAUACGGCGCCGUCUCACUACCGGAUCCAAGAGGGGUACUUGCUUGUCCACACGAGGGGGAAGGACCUUCUUUGCAUACCGAGUGACUCUCACUUGCGUACACGGCUUCUUGGCGAGUUCCACGGUGCUCCCACCACCGGACACUUUGGAGUCAAUCGCACGAUUGGCCGAGUUCGCGAGCGAUUUUGGUGGCCCGACCUUCUCGAUGACGUCACAAGCUAUUGCGAGUCAUGUGAGGUUUGCCGACACUGCAAAUCCCCCAACCAUCGUCCGUACGGCGAGUUGAGUCCAUUACCGGUCCCCUUGUUCCGAAGGGAAGCGAUUGCCAUGGACAUUACCGGGCCGUUCCCCAAGCACAAGACCGGUGUGGAUGGGAUUCUCACAGUGGUCGACCGACUCACCAAGAGUUGUGCCGAAGCAGCGAUUGGUCAUCACAAUCAACAUCGAGUCAUUUGACUCAAGGCAAAGGACAAGGUGACUUCUGCCGAGUUUGAGUUGGUCAACGGUCUGUUGUUCCUUGAGAAGGCCAGGAAUAAACGAUUGUGUGCGUCGAAUAGAGAGUCUUUGCGUAGUUUAUUUUUAGGCGAGUGUCACGAUGCCACUGGACAUUUUGGUUACAAAAAGACAGCAGCCAAUCUGCUGCAGCGGUUCUGGUGGCCCACGAUGAUGAGAGACGCCAAGCUGUACGUGGAAACUUGUCAGGUCUGUCAGAGGGACAAGCCACGUACACAGGCUCCUCUUGGGCUUCUAAAGCCCCUCCCGAUUCUGGAAAGGCCUGGUGAGAGCCUGUCCAUGGACUUCAUGGAUACGCUAGUCACCAGCAAGAGUGGAAUGCGCUAUGUCUACGUCAUUGUGGAUAGAUUUAGUAAGUACGCUAGGUUAGUCGCGAUGCCUGCAACAGCAAAAACUGAGUACGUAAUUAAGUUGUUCAAAGAGAACUGGGUCAGAGAUUUUGGACUGCCAAAAUCUGUAGUCAGUGACCGUGAUGUGCGAUUCACUAGUGAAUUGUGGAAAGCCGCAGCUGCAGAGCAGGGAACACAGCUGCAUAUGACAUCAGGGAAACAUCCGGAGGCGAAUGGGCAAGCAGAACAGUUGAACCGUGAUGUACAACACCUGUUGAGCCACUACAUCAAGCCAAAUCAGGUAGACUGGGAUGAGAAACUUGCUCUCAUCGCCAGCCUGUACAACAACGUUGUGCACAACGCAACGGGAGCGAGCCCGAACAGUCUGCUACUGACCCUUAAGCCUAGACUGCCCUUGGAUUUCUUACUGCCUGAGAACCAGUCUUCUGCUGCACCAGGGACCUUAGAGUUUGCUUAUCGGUAUGAGCGACUGAUGCAGCAGGCUGUUGAACAGAUGCACACGGCACAAGCGGCGAUGAUAGAGUCUGAGAACAAGCACCACCGCCCAUCUACAUUUCAGGUAGGGGAGAGAGUUUGGGUUAAGUCCUCGGAACAGGGACAGGAGCCCGAGAUCUCCCACAAGCUCAUGCCACAUUACUUUGGACCAUGGGAGGUCCUAGAUGUUGUUGGGGAUGAACCGGAUGGACCAUCGUAUGUUAUUCGCAUCCCUGGUCACUUACGUACUUACCCUGUGUUUCAUGCUUCCAAGCUGGCACCUUUUAGGGAAACACAUCAAUUCCCCUCUCGUCGCUCAAUGCUGCCCCCAACCAUGGAUGGAGAGGUCGACAUCGACGACAUCGUUGACCACAAGGAAAUGCCAGUUCCAAGACCGACAGGCAGGGGACGUCCUCUGAAACCGAAGCUACAGUACCGGGUUCGGUUCAUACAUCAUGCUGAUCCAAAGGAGGAUCGAUGGUUUACUUGGGAGGAACUGAUGCAGACCGCUCCUCAGACUGUGGCUCAAUAUGAAAAAUCUCUGCAGAAGGGAAAGCGCCAAAUUAUUAAAGACUGAACUUCUCAGAGGACUAGCGAAGUAUGGAGGAGGGAAUGCGAGGCACAAGGCCUCUAUACGCCCUACUGGGCCCUAUCUUCAGCACAGUCGG